AUCACUGUGUGCAGCCGGACAGAACAAAUGAAAACAAACAACGGUAGAUGCAAUGAGCAAAAAAUAUGAAAAAAUAAGAUUAGCGCAGGCAUAAGCUGCUGCUGGUGAUCAGUGAUGACAAUACACUCCAAUUGGAUUGUGGUUGCCGCUGUUGUUGCUUCUGGUGUUGUUAUUAUUUGCUGAAAUUUAAUACCAUAAGUGGCUUCGUAUGCUGGCUAUGUAACAUUCAUUUACGUUUUCAGUUCGAUCAUCACGUAGUGUUAAGAUUCGAAUUAUUGAUGAGGUGAUUUGCAAUUAAGCGAGUAUUUUCAUAGGGUUUCUCUUUUAAAAACUAAUUAUGGAGAAAGAAAGAUUUUCUCUACUUCUACUGGAGCCUGGCGAGAUUUACUUUGAGGAUUUUUCCGUGGAUCUACUCGAGUUGGAUGGGAACAGUUCAAUAGGAACAACGACCAUCGGUCGGCUCAAGAUGUGUUCGAAAUCGGUGGUGUUCGAAGCCAAGGAAAACGUACGACUACCAUUGGCGAAAAUCGCUUACAAAGACUGCCUGGACAUACGGCGCUGGGAAUCACACAGUCUACAGCUGAUGGAAUGUAACGUGCUGGCCAUCGAAUGCAGCCAGUACACAGAGAUGCUGAAUGACAAUGUGGUGCAGCCGUAUCGGUUCAUACAAGAGCGACGGAUGUUUCUGUUCAAUUUUCACUACGCAGCGCUUGAGGAUUACAUCCGGCAGCUUUGCCAGCUUCAACGGGCCUCCACUUUGGCGGCGUACGAGCAGAAUAGUAUGAUAGCAACAAUUGUAUUCUCACGUCACAAUCGGGUGAAAUUUAACCCCUUUUGGUUGGACAAUCUGUACGAGAAGAUCUGCGUCGACUAUCAAGUGGAUCAAAUCAACCCCCUGGUGGUGAAUCCUGGUCGACUGCUGUUGACCAAUGCCUUCGUGUAUUUUCAGCCUUACAACAAUAUCAACCCGUACCCAGUACUGAAGAUUCGCCUGAAAGCGAUCAGCAGCUUCAUCAAGCGGCGCUUCCUCCUUCGUCACGUGGGACUCGAAAUCAAAUGGUCCCAAGCGGACCAACGGGAGCAACAGCAGCUGUUGUACGUGUCGUUCCGGAACCAGUCGGAACGGGAUGACUUCUACGGUCAGGUAACCCAGCAGGGGGAUUUUUCGGUGGUAGAACAGAUACCGGAAAGUAUCACCCUGAAGUGGCAGAACGGACUGAUAUCGAAUUACGACUACUUGCUGUACCUGAACAGUCUGGCCGAUCGAACGUAUCAGGAUUUGACGCAGUAUCCCGUGUUUCCGUGGGUGAUAAGCGAUUACAGUUCGGAGCGGUUGGAUUUGAGUGAUCCAACGGUGUACCGGGAUCUGUCGAAACCGAUCGGUGCCCUGAACGAGGAGAGAUUACGUAGACUGAGGGAACGUUGCGAGGAGAUGGGUGAACCGAAGUUUCUCUACGGGUCGCACUAUUCCGCGCCCGGAUUAGUACUGUUCUAUCUUGUGCGAAAGCACCCGAAGCUGAUGCUUUGCCUGCAGAACGGUCGCUUCGAUCAUCCGGAUCGGAUGUUCAACAAGGUGGAGGAUGUGUAUAACAAUUGUCUGAACAAUAUGGCUGAUUUCAAGGAACUGAUACCGGAAUUUUACGAUACGGAAACGAAAGGGGAUUUUCUGUUGAACAGAAUGAAAAUUAAUUUCGGACAGCGAUUCGAUGGUGUACCAGUGAACCACGUGGCACUGCCCAAGUGGACCGAAGGAUCCCCUGAGCGGUUUGUGGAGACGCUCAGAGCGGCGCUGGAAUCCGACUACGUCUCGAGUAAGCUACAUCACUGGAUCGACUUGAUAUUCGGCUGCAAGCAGAGGGGUGACGAGGCGCUGAAAGCGGAUAAUCUGUUUUAUCACCUCUGUUACGAGGGAUCGGUUGAUUUGGACCAAAUUAAAGACUUGGCUUCACGGCAUGCCCUCGAGGUGCAGAUUUCCGAGUUUGGCCAGAUUCCGAAGCAGCUGUUCCGCACGGCACACGUUUCGAAGCUGCUUAAAGUUGAUACCCCGCUGCGCAACUUAAACGCUGGCUUCCCGGACAACGAGCUCCGGAUAGAGCUUGACGUGCAAUAUUUUUCCCAUAAGGAUGAGAUAACUUCACUGUUGUUGGAUGAGCCAACCGAGAGCAUUAUCACGACCAGUAAGGAUGGUACCUUCAAGUGUUACAGUCUGUCCGAGAGGCGGCAAAUUCGAAGUGUGCAGAUAAGUGACAUGCCGCUCAGUGCAAUUCGGCUGAUUGAUGAGAAAUCGGUAAUUCUGAGCUGUUGGGAUAAUAGUUUAAUUAUCUACAAUUUAGAUUACGGGAAGAUAACACAAGCAAUCCCAGCCCAUGACGAUGCCGUCUCGUGUUUGUCCAGAGUGAAAGAGAGUGGUUUGCUUGUGUCCGGUAGCUGGGAUUGUAGCGUUAAGAUUUGGAACGAUUUUCAAAUCAAUGCCGUAAUCGGUUACCUUCCGCUGGAGGAUAAAAUUGCUUCGUUGGACACCUUCCAGUCGGAGGCGAACCUAAGCAUUGUGGUUGGCACAGAAAGUGGGGAAGUUUUUCUCUGGACGCUUCGUCUGGUUAGUGCUGGCACCAAACGACCAGUGGACGUAGAAUCACAAGAGCAUAAGUUGGUUGUGCAACAUCGAGGCGGCGUGUGCGCCGCUAAUUUCAAUCGGAACGGCACACUGCUUGUGAGUUGUGGUGAAGAUCGCAUGUUCAAUAUUGUCGAUAUUGACACGGGCAUGGUAGUUUUCAAGCGGGAAAUGCCGGCCGUCGUGGGAUGUCUGAGUUGGACGAAAGACGACACGUUCCUGCUGAUGGCAGAUCGAACCGGUGUGCUCCAUGUGUGGAACAUGCUGGAAGGGAUUGUGCAAAAAGAGUUCAGGGUACAUUCCGAUUGUGUUUAUUGCGUCGGAUGCACACACGAUGGCCAAAUUGUUACCAGUGGGAAAGACGAGCGCGAUUACUGUGUGAAAAUAUGGAGAAACGAUAUAAAGGCGCUCAGCAUACAUAUGUCGCAAUUCCUGGUGCACGUACUCCUGGAGCAAGGACAGCUUCUCGAACGCAUUUCGCUUCAACGCACAGCUGUUAAUAAGCGGAUCCUGGGCGAUGAAUGACGAAUCAGAAAUGCCAACAACUGGAUGAUUUCGCUCUAUCUGAACCGAUACUUUUGUGUCGGACAGGGGAACAUCUUGAUCGCCGAGCACAGAUCGGACAGUUUUGGUUUGAAUUCCUCGAGUCGAGUUGCGGACACCUCAUCGUCGAUCGUGUUCCGGGUCAGGACGAACUGUGUGGAAUACCGUAUAAGAAUUAGAAGAGAGAACUAUUUUGGUGUGUUUAAUUGAACAAAAACUGACCUUCACAUUCAGCUCGAUGAAGUCGCUCAAAAUUUUGCCCUUGAUGAACCAGUUGGAAAUUUAUUUCACAUCCUUGAUCUCGAUCAAUACUGAUUUCGAAUAAGGGAAGUUGUCUGUGAACAAAACAAAAACAGAGGUUAAUUAAGAACUCGAUCAAUUUGUCGAAAGACACUACGCACCGUUAAUAACACAAUCCAUGGCAAUAUACUCCAUGAUGCCCUCGUGCGCCUGUGACCAUUGCUUCGCUUUGAUCAGAAAGGUUCAUCACUUAACUUGUUCCAUAGCAGCGAAAUAAAAAUUUCGGCAUCCAUAUCACUUGCGACUUCUGAAUUGACUCCAAAACAAACAAACGUCAAUACCACACAUACUAAUGCAUGAGAGGAAAAAUUGCCUGAAUUGUACUAACACUAACAGACAUCACAAACAACUGUCAAUUCGCGUUGAGCUUUAUGCUCCGCUUGUGGGAAAUUAUAGUGAUAAUGGAUUUUCAGGUGCAGUAAACACAUAUAUAAAAUAAAAAAUUAUGAAUGAAAAUUAACUUUUUCUUAUAUGUUAUAUGUUUUUAUGUAAUAGAGUAGCACGUUUUUUGCAAGAGAGGAAAUACCCCGGAACAAUAAUUAUGUUUGAUAGUGAUUUUAUAUUACAAUAUUGA